AUGGCUAACGGAUUCCUAUAUAUGUUCCUUAUAUUGUGUGGUGCUGGUGUCGUUAGAGCCUCUAACGUAGACUGCAAAUUUUCCGAUUCAGUUGCAACUGAAAUGGCCAAAGCACAAACACACGAAUCAACACUAACAAAUUGUGGCGCAAGCGCAAUGUGCAACGAAGGACUAACUACUUUGGAAGAGAAUUCGAUGCUUUUCAUGAGAAACUCUCUUCAUUUCAUGAAACAUAUUUAA